UUUGAGUAUCUCUGAAAAUGACGCAGAGCAAAUUGUAAUGAAGAAAACUCAUCAAUUGAGGCCCCUUCUAAUUAAGUAAUAGAGGGGCAACUACAAGUGCUAAUCCUUCCUCCAUUCCCCCCCUUCCAAUGUCAAUGUUGUUUAUGCAGCAGAUUGCUGAUUUCCAAUGGCCGCUAAAGAACUUGUCGAGGUUCUGCUUCAAGUCAGCGAAAAAUCCGCCAAGAUUGCACGAGCAUGGCGCUGUCAGGCGGAGCUUUUUGAAUUGAUGGUUGAAGAGAAACCAGAGAAGGAGAAGAAUGAGCAAUUUGUUCGCGAUUUUAAAACGCUGGCCGACGUUUUGGUACAAGAGGUCGUGAAACAUGAUGUUACGCUGAAAUUUCCUGAACUGAGAGGCCACAUUUUGGGUGAGGAAUCCAACAUAUUCAAAAACAGCUUUGGCCAAGAAUUAAGAAUUGAGGUUCUAGAAGACUCCGAAUCCACUUCAAAACAUCUGACUACAGUGUUAUGCGGAAAUGAGAUUGCUGCUCGACUACUCGCAGAGCUCAUUCAUACUGAUAUCGUUUUGGAAACGGAACAAAUAAAAGAAAUGGAGGAGCAGUUGGAUUUUGAGCUUCCUCUGAAUGAGUUAGGAAUCUGGAUUGAUCCCAUCGAUUCUACAACAGAAUACCUGUCAAAUUCUCCAGGGAAGGAAGUUGAUGGCAUUGUAGUUUCAGGGUUACCCUGUGCAACUGUUCUAAUUGGAGUAUUUCAUCGUGAAACUGGUAUACCUGUGGUUGGGGUUAUUAAUCAGCCAUUUUCUACGUUAAUCCAAGAGAAUACAAGUGAAAGACAUUGGAAAGGAAGAAAGCUCUGGGGAGUAUGUUAUGCUGGACGUGCCUGUCAUUUCCUGGGAAAUAAGUGGAAGUCAAAUAAAGCAUCAACUGACACCCAAAUAAGUAAUAAUUUUAAGGUAAUAAUAAGUGGUAGUGAAAGUGAAAAUGUUAAGAAGACUCUAUCAUCUUCAGGAAUAUGAUUAUUUCCAAGUUCAGGUGCUGGCAACAAACUUCUUCAUGUGAUUGAUGACAAUGUUGAUUUCUUUGUCCUUUCUGGUGCCUUUUCCUUCAAGUGGGAUACCUGUGCAGCACAUGCAAUUCUGUGCUCCAUGGGGGGAGGAGUGGUAAGUUUUAAAGAAGCCCUGUUAUUGAAAUCAACUACAAAGGAACUUGAUAAGACAACCCUUGAUAAAUGUGAGCUUAAAUACAACAAACCUGAUGGUGACUGUGGGAAGAAAUGGAGCAAUAGCAAUGGACUGAUAGCUUUUAAAUCUUAUCAAAGAGUUUUUGAGCUCUUGGAAUGUUUAUGUUCAAACUAAGUAAGACAGAUGUCUAACAAAACAGAGCAGAUAUGCAUAAAGAAGCUAGGUUGUGUUAUUUCAGGUAAUUCUGUGUAUUUUCAACAGCUAAGACUGAUUGUUGCUUUAAGUUAAAAUGGGAUAUUGUUGAAAAAGGUUGAACCAAAUAUUUUUGAAAAUUUACUUUUUCAAACAAUUUCUGUUUUGGUACUCUUCUGACAGUCAUACCAUUGGACACAGAUGUAUAAGUGUGUACAAAUGUCAAUUCAAAUUUUCUUUGUGGGCCUACGAUAGAGGCAUUGUAUGUAAUGCCAGAACAAAGACUGACAGUUGAAUUGGCCUUUAUACUUACAAUAUACACCGUAUUGAUGUACAGGUAUCACAUUGUUAAGAUCAGCGUAAAAUUCUUUUAGUUUAGCUAGAAACUACAUGGGGCUUGUUAUAGAGCAAUGUUCAUAUUAGCUAAGAAUUAUUUGUUUUAACGUAUUUAAAUUAUUUGUAAGAAGUCAGCUUGUAUGACUUCAUAGAAGAGCAGAAUAGUGGUUUCCAUUUAUAAUACUCAAGACAUACAGGUUGGGUUGACUAACAUUUUAUUUCAGUCACCUCAAAUAAGGAAUAACACAUCCCGGUUAGCUCAAUGGAUAGAGUGCUGGAUUGUUGUGCAGGAGGUGGAGGGUUUGAGCCCCGGCCGAACCAACA